AUGGAAAGCCGAGGCGACGUCAGAUUUAUUGGCAUUAUCCGAGUACCACUUGUGAAUCUUCACUUCAUUGAGGGCACUGGCGAGAGACCUUACAACCAAAAGCAAACAGAUCACCUGGAGAUACUAUUUAGAGGGACAUCAGUUAAUCAUGCCGAUCGGCGACACUGGAUUGAUGGCUACAUAGAGCAGGCCGCGGAAGAAGGCCUUCUCAGUGAUCUGAAUCUGAGCCGAUCGCAGCUUGGCGGCAUAAAUUCGCGGGAAGAGUACCCACUUGUGGAACAACAAACUGUUGCAUUUACACAGGGAAGACAUCGAGUUGACGCUGCGAAGAGAAUUGACCCGUCUUCUUGUUGGACUAUCAGGCUCCACUCAACCAACCCGUACAGCUUUCACAAGAAUCGCAUCGUGAGAUGCCAAACGGAGCAGUACCAGCAUGAGAUGUCCAACUCUGAUGGUGAAAUAUACACAAAACUAAGAGGGUACGGUGGCGACCAUAUCAACUUCUGCGAGUGGCAUGAGAGACUCAGCAUAACGAAGCAAAAAGCGUUCUUUUACAUCACAAAACGACCAGCCAUUACAGAGGCUCUCGAUAGGCUAAUCCCGCUGAAGGGCGUUUUCGAAUCUCUUCAUCUGAGUUACUUUCUCAAAAUAUUUGAUAAGCGCCUUGAUGAUGAGCUUUUGGCAGGGUUGGAUAACAUUCACAAGCAAUGGUCGCGCAUCACAGACGGAUGCAGGCUCGAUUUGCUCGACAAAGAUACCGUUACGGCGCUCGAGGGCCGGGCACCUUCCGUGAGCACAGAGGAUCAAGCUUGGAUCGCUUCGUCAUUUCAACAGCGUCGAGAUUCAAGCAGCGUUUUCGAUGCGUCCCUGUUGCUAAAGAUGGAAAGCUGCGUGCUUGCGGAGACUGGUCUAAUCCACAGCCUAAGGUCCUUGCAUAUGAAUAUGGAACAUCUAGGUGUUGCAGCUGGAAUACUAUGGACUUACCUCAUUCCGAAAGGCCUCCGGGCGACAGCGAAAGCAAAACAGCUGUCACUGGCUGCGACGCUGCGGAGCUGCUGGAUGGAGAAGGGACCUCUUAUUGAAAUGAAUGAAGGAGUUUUCCAACCCGCUCGCGGGCCACCUUCUUUUACCAUUUCUUACGUUCAGCUCCUGUUAUCGGCUCUCCGCCUUUUUCCAUACCUCGCAAACACAAAGCCCAAGGUUGAGAAAGGUGAGAGAAUGUUACUCUCCAUCGACCUUCACUGCGUGGCUUCUUUCCAUCAAAGAGCCAGAAUGCUAGGUUUUAACACUUCGGAGUUUGAUCCAGCUACAGCUGGCCACAUUGCACAAUGCAGUGGACAGUGGCGUCAGCCUCACGCUACAGCAUCUGCCGAUGAAGCCAAGCUACUGAUCCGUCCAUAUCACAGAUGGGGCAGGCCAUACCAGGGCGUAUAUCGCAUUAUCCAGACGCAAGCAUUUCUACCAACUAUAGCACGUUUGUCACAAACUUCUUACGUGACCACAGCUUUCAUAUUACGAGACUUCGUAACAACGUUCUUCGAACCGUUUCACUUCGAACUUGAUUCUUCACGUCCGCCGGUAUACCUCCAGGAGACCAUCAUUGAAACAGUCACGCAACCAGCCGUCUAUUCGCAUUCCACUGCACUACAGCCAAUCGCGGAGGCCACCGAAACUGACUGCUGCGAUGCCCGCCCUCUGGUGGUAGCAGUGGGCAGUGGUGCGCCAAUGCAGGAUAUCCAAGAUAACCCAGAAUUCACUUGUGAGAAUGGGGUCGAUGUCCAGGCGAAUCGGGAAUAUGGAGAAGACGAGCACGGAGCAGCUAGACAAGCCCAAAACCUUGAGGCAGAAAGUGGUGCGCGAAAGGAUAUUAUCCACACCUGCGAAAACAAUGUGGACCCAGAUAUUUCCACGCCUACUGUGGCGCGGUCCUUGUCACUCAGUUGCGGCAGAGAUACUGGUACCGUACGGCGCACCGAAAAGCUUCAGCAUCAGAGGCAGCAUAUAAGUGGUGCGACUUCAAUAUCCGGAGUAUCUGUGCAGAAUCAAAUUGCACAUCUGCAUCACAGGAUCAUUCCCCAGGACGACCAAGAGUCGGAGCAACGGCCAAUGUCAAGGCUAGCCGUCACCCAGUCUGCUGCGAAUAUUGAAGAAUGGCGUCAGAAGGUAUCCAACCAUCACAUGGCAUCUGCUCGAUCCAGCAACCCCCCCAUUCACCGGGUAUUGGAAAAUCCGCGGUUUUCGACGAGCUCUCACGGUCGAUCAACUACUUCCCGGCGUCAGCACGGCGAUGUAUCGUCUAUAUCUCUGCCGAGCCAAAGACGGGUACGUAGCAAUUGCUCAAUGCGUCGGCGGAAAUGGCGAAUUCGCAGCAGCCGGAGUGAGAGUCCAAGACCAACAUAUUCGACCGCUCCGAUUCGUGAAUGGCCAAGUCCAAGCUCCAGCCGCUCUGGAGCCGUUAGCCAAACAUCACUUCGACCACCCUCGAUGCCUCAACCCAGCAGCGGUAUUUCAGCCCCGUUUAGCGAUGUGGACUGGGAUGGCGGGAACAGUUUGCCGUCCAUACCUCGCUCCUCUUUACAAUAUCCUGUCGAAAUGCAUACCGCGGAGCCUUUAACGCUGGCCGGCAAGCGCACAAACCACAGCGCAGGACCACAAUCGUAUAUGCAGGCGGCAACUGCUUCCACGUCCCCUAGAUCUAGUUUGCCCGCCCAAUGGCUUCCGGGUAGCGAUGUCAUCGCAGACGGGGCUGCGCCGCUGACUCCUGAUACAAAUAUGUUGCAUGAAUUUCUGCAAAGACAGCCUAGGGGUGGGCAGCGCUCGUCAAACUGGCAAGGAUUCGACGAUAGUGACGACGAGAUUUUAUCCAUCGAAUUAUAA